AGAUUGAAAUCAUCCUCCUGAGCAGAGCGCACUGGAGUGACAUGGACUUCGCAAGAAAACGACACCACCAAUCUUGGUUUCUAUGCUUCUCUAUUCCGAUAUUUUUCAAAAGGGGUUUGAAGACUUGUACAUAUAGUGUGAAGAGUAGGAAGAGAGUUUCCUAUCACUGUCCUGUUUCUUGCUGUAUGCAAGUUGUCAGUAAGAGUGUAGAGGAAGCUCGAUUAGCUCGGUUCUUAGCAGCAGACUGGAGUAAUGAAAAUCAAGCUAUUGAGAAUCCUCCUUUUUGGUCGCAUAUGAGAGUGUCCUAUAGACCUCUACCUUUCGAACUUUUGGAAGGCUUCAGUCUGUAUUCGGAAAGUUGCUAUCAAGCGUUCUUAAAACAGCCUUAUCGAACAGGUGUGUAUCGAAUAUUAGCUAGAAAUGACGGUAAGUUGGAGCUCGAACUUUACAAAAUCGAAGGAGAGGAAGAGUUUUAUCAAGGAUCUAGAAAUAUCGAAAAGCUGCGUUCAUUGACCAGAGACAGACUUGUGAAGUUACCAAACUGUUGCAACACUAUUCUUUCUUGGGACGAAAGCAAACAAAUGUUUUCAGGAGAGACAGUUCCAGGAAAACAAUGCAUCGUCAGUCGAAAGGGCAAAGAAACAUAUUUACAUAAUUCAGUUACCGUAUCCAAGGAAAAGUUGACUAGUUGGGAUACCGGUCGAUGUCCAAAGACGGAUAAACUUCUAUGGGGAGCUAUUGCCGGACCUUUUGAAUUCUAUCCUGUUGCGAGGUUUAGUCAUGAAGUACGUGGUUAAUAAUCGUUGUGUUUGUGAAUU